CGCCGCCCUGCGCGGCCCCCCCUCCGCCGGCCCCGCGGGCCCCGCCGCCGCCCCGGGGGCCCCCGCCGCCCCGCGCGGCCCCCCCUCCGCCGGCCCCGCGGCGCCGCCCACCUUCUCCACCUCUGCUCCAUCUAUCCUCUUCCUCUGCCGCGCCCACGCCACGCGCCCACAAGACACAUCUCUCAGCGGACUCCGGCCCUGCGUCGGGAGGGCGACGCCAUGGCGGCUGCGAACGGGAGCGGCGGCGGCAAGGGGUUCGAGGUGCCCAAGGUGGAGGUCAGGUUCACCAAGCUCUUAAUCAACGGCCACUUCGCCGACGCCGUCUCCGAACCAAAACUGGGAAACCACCGUGCUCCAAUCCAAUUCCAAAUUCGUUCCAAACUAAGCCGUUCGUCUCUAAUAGUUCCAAAUUCUAUCCGAGCAGAGGAAGAGGAUAGUUUUGGUUCUCUAUGGCAGCAGUUCUUUCUAUUUGAAAAGCAACUGUUUCAACCAGUUCUGGAAGCAACGUUGUGAUUGGAAUUGUGCAUUAAUGAGACAAAAUAGACAAAGUUCAUUGGAUUAAGUAUGGAUGCCAAGUGCCAACUACUAACACCGAACGUGAACAGGUAGAGGCCACCAGUGCUCGGAUCUGAAAAGGGUGCAUAGUACAUAAAUAAAUGAUACAUGCAUGUGCAUCCUGCAAGGUGUUCUCAUGUGCCACAUAUAUAGAGCUCAAAACCUUUUGGGCUAGGUACGAGUGCAGACGUAAAUUACUACUACAUCAGCCGUAAGGUUUAGUACACCAGAAGUCAAUUAGGGAGGUUGUCUGCGACUGCGACGCCUACUGGUGGAGCAGAAUAUGGCGGGGAGGGCUAGUUCUUCCAGCUGGGUGCUGGAGAUGGAGAAGCUGCUCGAGGACACCAGGCCAUCAGUGGAGAUGGCGCGGUGGAAGCAGCACUCCAUCUACCGGGUGCCGGAGUUUAUCAAGAAGAUGACCAACAGAGAUGCCUACCAGCCGCAGUUCGUAUCGCUAGGCCCCUUGCACCACGGUGAGCCCCAUCUCCUGCCCAUGGAGGAGCACAAGAGGCGGGCGGUGCUGCACAUGGUUAAGCGGGCCAGGAAGCCUCUAACGAAGUUCGUCGAAGCAAUCGAGGAAGUGGCGGAUGAGCUCGAGGCCGCCUACGAUGGCCUUGAUGAUAGAUGGCGGGGAGCAAGCAGAGGUAGCUUCGUGGAGAUGAUGGUCACGGAUGGAUGCUUCCUGUUGGAGCUGAUGAGGAUAAAGCUAAGUCGAGUGGCCAAGGACGACGGGGGAGGGGAAGUAGAUACUGGUUACGCGGCCAACGACCCCGUCUUCAGUGGGAGCAGCUUUCAUAAUUUGUGGCCAAUAAUGAGGAACGACAUGAUCGCGAUGGAAAACCAAAUACCUCUAAUCGUUCUUCAGAGGAUCGUAUUUUCUAGUGGGAGUGACACACCCCCGAGCGCUAGAUGGAUCAACAAUACGGUGCGACUUCUUCUGUGUGGCCUAAGCUUUGAGGAAGGCAUGGACAACCUAGGCCUUCAUUUCUUGGACAUUCUUCACAAAGGCUAUUGUGGCACAAGACCAUAUUGGGAAUGGUCGGAGAAUUAUGAGGCUCGCACGCCCUGUGCAGUUGAGCUGAGCGAGGCAGGGAUCCAGUUCAAAAAAAGCAACACUGAAAGCAUCCACGAUGUUGACUUCGUAAACGGGGUGCUGAGCAUGCCGCUGUUAAGGUUAGAUGAUCAAACGGAGAUGGUGUUCCUCAACCUGAUGGCAUUUGAGUGGAUACACCCCAACACGACAAACGACGUGAGGUGCUACAUAACCUUUGUGGACAACAUCAUUGAGUCGGAAAGAGACGUGGCACUUCUGAGAUCCCAAGGGCUCAUUGAGAACGCGAUGUGCAGCGACAAGAAGGUGGUGGAGUUGUUCAACAUUACCACAAAGUUAGGAAAGGCGAACUCAUACAACAGGCUGGGCCACUUGCAGUGGAAGAUGAACGCCCACUGCAAGAAGCGCCGGAACAAGUGGCGCGCCAUCUUCAUGAACAACUACCUGAGCAACCCCUGGGUGUUCAUCUCCUUGGUGGCCGCCUUCAUCCUGCUAAUUGCCACCAUCAUGCAGACAAUCUACACCGUCGUGCCAUUCUACACCAGCAAGGGCUAGCAGGAAUUAUUAUUGUGUACAAUAAUGUGACUUUCUAUGGUAGUUGUAUGUGCCUUUCUAUACAUGGGUAUACGUGUGGGCGAUUAUUAUUUCUCUCCAUUAGUUGUACCAUUUAUUUGGAGAGAGAUUGUAUGUUACUGUGAGUUUUGGCUCUACAUCUGUGCUUCGCUCUGUGCAUUUGUGAGAGAUUACAGUAUGUUUUAAUUUGACUCUGAGGGAAGAACAUUAUAUUCAACAGUGUUUGUUUUGGCACCAA